AUGAUGAUACUGAGCUACCAGCCGUGUGGCGUGUUGUUUGCUCCGCAAAAGGCUUGGGGAAAUGUAAAGGGCGGAGUGCCAACUGUAUGUGUCAGGCCAAUGACCCCUUAUGGUAUGACACAGCUGCUUGAGAUGACAGCUCUUAAACUAGAAAUAAAGGAGAUAAAAACACCUGGCAGUACCCUGCCUGAUGCACUUCCCUUCUUUCUUUUUAGCCUUUCAGAAAUUAAAGAGAUAUUAAACCUGGCAAAAUUGCACAAAUUAGAAGUUAUUCCUCUGGUGCAGACGUUUGGACACAUGGAAUUUGUGCUAAAGCACAAAGAAUUUUCCCACCUGCGGGAGGUGAAGGCAUUUCCAAAUGCUCUUAAUCCACACAAAGAGGAAUCCAGGAUGCUGGUUAGAAAAAUGAUUGACCAGGUGGUGGCACUGCACGAUGGCUUACAAUGGUUUCACAUAGGCUGUGAUGAGGUCUACUACCUUGGUGAUGGGGAGGAAUCAAAGCAGUGGUUGCAGCAACAGGAUAAUAACCCAGAGAAGUUGUUCCUGUCCCACGUAAAAGCUGUGGCAGGUUUCAUUGCCUCAUCUUAUCCCACAGUGAAGCCCAUAGUAUGGGAUGACAUGCUCAGAGGGAUAAAUGAUGAAACAUUGACAGAAUCGGGGGUACCAGAGCUCGUGGAGCCAAUGAUUUGGGACUAUGCAGAAGAUAUCGAUGUAGACAGCAAAGUGCUUCUCAUAGAAAAGUAUCACAAGUGCAACUUUCCCAAGCUGUGGUUUGCUAGUGCUUUUAAAGGAGCAACCGGGGCAAAUCAGUCUCUGACCCAUAUUGGACAUCACCUAAAAAACCAUCUCCAGUGGCUGAAAGUGGCACACAGUGGCCAUGCAGAUAUGCUCCAGGGCAUUGCUCUGACUGGCUGGCAAAGGUAUGACCACUUCUCUGUUUUGUGUGAGCUGCUCCCAGUGGGAAUCCCAUCGCUGGCUGUAUGUCUGCAGGCACUAGAGAAUGAUGGCUAUUCUGAAAUGGUUAAAGAAAAUGUGGAAAAAUACCUGGGGAUUUCCAAUCUGGAAACUGACACUUUCAUGAGUGCAAGUCAGGGGACCUUUCCAGGAAGUGACAUCUUCACCCUUGUGACUCAAGUUGGCUUCUACCUGAAGCCCUCAGUGGAUGAACUUCUUGAACAAAACAGGUAUGUCACAGGCUGGGUCAGCCCCUAGCCCAGAGAGAGGAAGAUUGUUCAUCCUAUAAUUAUACAUCACUUUCAGCCAGAUGUACUAAGUCUUCACUCCAAGUGGAAUGCCUUGGCACAAGACCUUCAAGUAGCCAUGGAGAGAGUUUUCUACUUGUGUACUAUAGAGGAGUGGAUGGAGGAGAAUGUCCAUCCCAGCCUACAAAAACUUCAGCAAGUGAUGAAUGACUUGGAUGCAGCAAUACAAGCACUAUCAUAGCUGCUCUCUAACUGCAGACUGACUCAUCUGAGAUCCUGCUGGGUGCAAAUUUAUGAGUAAUCACAUAACCAGGGCUAAAUCACCCCUAGAAUAGAGCAGGCAACUCGGCUGAAAACAGCUGUAGACACUAGCAAGGGAUUUAUGCUAGCAUGAGAGUAUGAGGAUUCGGGGUUUUGUUUUCACUUCUAACAAAUGAUUAGCUGACUUCAGAGGCUGAAAAUACACCAAACUUCAGUAGUGGACUAGACUUACUCCACUGUAUAACAGGGAAGACAAGAAUGGGGCCAAGCUCAGUUGUGUUCGUUAUAUUAGAAAGGGUGAGAGGAUAUGGAUUUAUCCAGAUUCAAAUCAAUAGUGAUAUUCUUUCAUGAGGUAAAGACAAGUAGAAAUGGUAACAUGACAAACUCCACUUGCUGAUUAGCUUGGUAACUUCUCUCUCCCAGUACUGACACUGAAAUCAGGUCAAACUCAAAUGUUCCAAGUGUGCUCAUUUUACAAUAAAUAUUUGAAACACCUUUAAAUUAUUUGCAUUAUACGCUGCUUACUUGAAACUUGUAAGUAUGCAGAAACCCUCAGGAAGGAUUAUGGGUAAGUUGUACUAUCUACUGUGAAAGCCAUAUAUAUUUGACCUAUUAAUAAAUUUAAUCAGACCAGAAAAA